AUGAAGGAUGCGGGUAUAUAUUCGAUAAAACGAGCUCUGCCUCGUAUGAGUUGGACACCGAAGAACCUGUACAAUCUUUGGUUGCGUUCCAAAGGUUCUCGCGCAGACGAAUUGAAGUUCACUCGUACCCACAAAUCCCUUUUCCAACAGCGCUGGGUCUCCAAGGCCGUUGUGCGGGCAUACCACGGCGACUACAUCAACGAGAAAAUCUUCAAACGGUGGUACCUUCCCGAAACACUCCCGGAUGUACGCCCGCGGCGAAAAGUGUUGGGGGACGACAGCACGGACCUAGAGGCAUUCGCACUGCGGAAAAAGAAGGAGAAAGCACUGGAGGAAGAAGUGGAAAAGAAAGGCAUGGCGCCGGUCGGGAGUCUGAUGUUCUCGGAAGUGGAGAGACGGAUAGACGUGUUCAUCUUUCGCUGCUGUUUCGUGCAUAGCGUCUACGAGGCGCGCCGCUUGGUUAUUCACGGAGAUGUCAUGCUCAACGGCAAGAAGCAUCAAAACGCCAAUACCCGUCUUGCACCUGGGGACAUGGUGUCCGUGAACCCCGACGCUAUUCGGUUCUUCAAGACACCAACUGGCGCGCACGACACACCGCUCCCUAGACUCUUAGACCAACCCUCUAGCGCCGUCACCGAUGCACCCCGUGAGGAUAACCGGAGCCUCACACCGUUCUACCUCCCCCCAUACGCCUCCCCAUGGAUGUUCAUUCCAGCGUACAUAGAAACGAACUUCAAGACGUGCUCCGCCAUCUACGUCCGCCACCCCACCGCGCGACCAGGGUACUCGGAGAUCCCCACACCGUACGCUGCUGAUGGCGAAAUCGUGCGGUUCGCCUGGGAGUGGUAUGUUAAGAACCGACCAAGGGUUCGAAGCAAGGCGCAGUUGGCACGGAUGCCGGAGGACAGGGCGUUGGCGAUAAUGGAUGACAAGGAAGACCACCGUGCAUCCAAGAGGCUACAAGUCUCCCAACGGCGUCUCGGAAAGAGAUUGGCGCGCCGUAGACACUAA